GAUUUGCAUGAUGUUAAUGUUUUGUAUUCCCAGUUAAGGUGAUCUAAACCACCUGCUGGAUGCUCUGUCUUUACUCAUUUAUCUGGAAUGUUUGAGCUUGUACUUUUGUUCGAUUAAUGUCCACAGCUUGUGGUUGGCACUUUAUAAUAUAGAAAAAAGGGAAUGGUGACUUGUGCAGGAGUAAAGGGUAGAAACAUUUUCUUCCUUCACUUUGGAAUUGCUAUAAUAAUCCACCCGAAUCAAUGCGAGUCUUUUAAUAUUUUGUAGCAAAUUCAAGGUAAUAGGAAAGCACCAAGUUGAAAUAGGAAAGACCACGAGUUGAGAUAAAAAAAAACGAGAUUGUAGCCUAAACAAAAGUGUAUGUAGUAAUACAGAAGGUACUUCUUAAAAUAAAUGGUAUCAGAAAUUAAGAGAAAAUAGGGGAAAAGAAAAACGAGGGAUAUGAAAAAAUAUAGGAUUUUUAGUUUAGAUAACAAUAUAAGAAGGAAGGGAUUUGAAGGGGAGAAAUAUUAAAUUAUUGGAUGAAUGAUUUAUGUUAAGGUAUUAAUUUUUUUAAAGUUCGAAAAAUUUGAAAGGAAAAAUUCUUAUCUGUCUUUUUUUUCUUUUCUUCUCCUAAACAAAUAAGAGUUACUUUCAUUUUUCUUCCCUUCCUUUCCCUUACCUCCCUUUCUUUUCUUUCUUUUCUCCUUGAAAUUGUUAUUCAAAUAUAGUGUAAAUGAUAAAAAAUUAUUUUUAAUUAAGUAAAAAUAGUCAAUAUGAAAAUUUUCUUAUUUAUCUACGGCAUGAAAUUUAAAAGUGCACUGUAUCAUAAAAGUCACAUGUUACAAGUAUUAGAAUACGUAAAAUGAUCAUUUUGUAACUUGAUGUUGAUCGGCGAGUUAGCUUGUUGGCAAUCCAUCUAGAAGAUGACAAUUACAGAACCCACUUUUUUCCAAAGAUUGCACCUCUGGUUCAUCCGUCCAAACUUGAACACCUUCAAGUUCAAGAUCACAACAUACAGAAAAAGGCAAAGCUUACCUAUAUUCUAUUGCAUUUUUAUCAUGUGAUCUCAACUGUUAAAGCUGGUUUCCUGUGCCUCAGGUUUUUACAAUUUUUGACCACCAUUUUUUCUCUUUAAAGAAUCAUUCACUUAUUUUUAUUUAAUUAUAGUACUAAACACCAGAAGCAAUUACUCAGAAAUAGAUCUUAACAUCAUUGAAACCAUUUACACUAAAAUAUAAAUAAAAAGAAGCAAUAAAAAUCAUUAUUACCAGAAUUUGGUUCAGCAUAGUAAUUGAUAAAUUUUCAUUUUUUCGGUUUGAUUCCCAUCACAUACAGACGUAGUGUAAUAAAAAAGUUAUCAAAAAUAACGAACCGAUAUUCCCCUCAUUGUUAAGAUUUCGACAGGUAUGUAAGCAUUACAAAACUGCCUCAUACACAUAAGUAUAAAUCUCGUGGGAAUAAUUAUAACCCCUUUUUAAAACCAACAGUGAUCUUUGCAGCAUCUCUUUUAUUCUGUUCUGUUCUCAAAUUUAAACCUACUACUACACCUUUAGUCCUUCGCAAUUUAUAAAAUCCACUUCUUUUUAAGUCUCUUUUCUAUCUAAUCUGAAGCAUCAAGCAAAUGGAAAAUCCCAAACUAUCACAUACAACAAUGCUUAUCUUAUAUCUAAGCUUGGUUUUACUUUGGUGUAAAUGUAAUGCUCUAGCAAAUCCAGGAAAUGGAAACAUCACUUCUAUAUUUCAGCUGGGUGACUCCCUCUCAGACACCGGAAACUUAAUCAUUGAGAGUCCCAAUGGAUUGGGUUUAGUCUUUUCUCGACGUCCAUAUGGUGUUUCCCUCUUUAAUCACCCUACUGGUAGAUGCUCUAAUGGACUUCUCAUGAUCGAUUAUUUGGCUAGGGCAUUAAAUGUACCGCGAUUAAAUCCCUACUUAAACAAAGAAGCGAUGUUCACACAUGGAGCAAACUUCGCUGUCUCUGGUGCCACAGCAUUGCCUGCAGAGUCUCUUGCGGAUAGAAAAAUUGUAAACCAUGUCACAAAUACUUCUCUCAGUGUACAACUUGAUUGGAUGUGGUCACAUUUUAACUCCAUUUGCUAUGAUGAUCAAGACUGUGCAGAAAAACUCCAGCGUUCUCUCAUUAUUGUUGGGGAAAUUGGAAGCAAUGACUAUUUCUAUGCAUUUUCACAAGGGAAAAAGAUGAAGGAGGUCUUUAGCAUGAUAUUUGAUGUUGUUGAAUCUAUAAUUGAAGGCGUCAUGAGGAUCAUACAAAUUGGAGCAAGAAAGAUAAUUGUGCCAGGAAUAUUUCCUCUCGGAUAUUUCCCAGCUUAUACCACAGCAUUCCGAGCAAACAACUCUGCAAACUACAGAGAACACAUUUUAUUGAAUAAAAUGUCAGUCUUACACAAUCAUGAGUUACAAAAGAGGCUCCGAUUGCUGAAUCAAGAUUAUAGGAAUAUUACCAUUCUCUAUGCUGAUUAUUACAAUGUUUUUAUGCGGCUUGUUCAUAAUGCUACUCAUUUUGGGUUCAAUGGCACAUCUGACGUACGGAAAGCAUGUUGUGGAGUUGGCGGAAGAUUAAGCUUUAAUUUGAGUAGGCUGUGUGGAGCAAGGGGAGUUCCAGUUUGUGCAAACCCAGAUGAAUAUAUCAUCUGGGAUGGAAUUAAUUUGACUCAAAGAGCAUAUAGAAUUUUGGCGCGAUGGUUCUUCCGCAGUACAAUCUCUCAUUUAAUUCAGUCAUCAUACUGACAUUAAUCAACGUCCUUUUCUUCUAUUUGUUGAGAAUUUAGGAAUAAUAUUAGUCUUAUUAUCAUCUUUGAUGAAGUGAUUUACAUGUAAUUAGUAUAAA